AUGAACUAAAAAUAGAACAGAGAGAUUAGGGAAAUCUUUAUCGCAAACGAAGAAAAAAACACUUAGAUAGGUGAAUAAAAUAAUCUAGAAAAUAAAGACCAAUGUGAAAUCAUAUAAGAUCUUGGAAUUCCCAGUUAAGAAGUUAUCGAGUAAAAAUCUAGCGAGUUUCAUGCCACAGUCAAUUUAUUUAAAGGCUUAGUAGGAAUUGGAAUUUUAUCUCUGCCAAUAGGCUUUUAUAAAAGCGGAUGGCUAGCAGGGCUCAUUAUACUACCAUUAUGUGGGAUAGCUAUGCUUUAUUUGAGUUAAUAAAUGAUGAGCGUAGCUGAUAAAACUCACUCUAAGGCAAAAAAUAUUACUGAAUUCUGUGCAGACAUGUUAGGAAAAAGAUCGAUAACUUUUGUAAAUGUCUGCUUAUUUGGCAUUCAACUUGGGGUGUGCAUAUCUUACGUUAUCUUCUUCACAUCUUAUUUCAAAAAGAGCUUCUGUCAUACUAUGGGUGAGACAAGCUAUGCUUGUGAAUCUAGAAUUCCCUCUUUAUUGGUUGCUUUGGUUAUACUCUUACCUUGCAUUUUCAUAAGACAUAUGGAUAAACUCAAGCAAUGGAGUAUGAGUGCUAAUGUUUUCAUUCUGUGUUCUCUCUUAAUAAUUUCGCUUUACUGUGGAUAUAAUUUAAAAUAAAAUGGUUUACCAGAGAUUCAAUAAUUUAACUUUAGCUCAAUGGGUGAUUCAGUAGGAAUUUUCAUUUUUACAUUUGAAGGUGUGGGUCUCUAUUUUGAUGUUAGACAUUCAAUGUAAGAGCCUAAAAGAUUUUUUGUGGUUUUAAAUUAUGUAAUAUACUUUGCCUUGAUACUCUACACUUCGUUUGGAAUACUAGGAUACUUAACAUUCGGUAGUAAAGUUAAAGACAUUAUUUUAUUCAAUUUCGAUUUAACCAAUCCUGUGCUUUUUGUUGUUCAAAUUCUUUAUUGCAUUUCUCUAAUUCUAUCAUACCCUAUUCAGAUUUUCCCUUGUGUAAAUCUUGUUGAACAUAAAAUUUUAAAGAAGUUUUGUGCAAAAUAAUUCGCUAUUUUGGAAGAGGAAAGGCAAAGAAAAAUUACUGAAGUUAAUUAGUAUUUAAUUUCAGAGACGGAUGACAAAUAAUCUUAGAUUCCAUAAAAAUUACCAACUCUUGGGAAAAAAAAAAAUAAAGCUUUUUCUUUUACUGCUUCUUCAGGUAGAGAAAGAUCUAACUCUUUAAAUAACAGAUAAAUAGUAAGUGCAGGUGAAUAGACAGAUGACGAAAAUAAACUUGAAGAGAUAAGAUAUAGGUAGAGACAUUAGUUUUAUAGUACAUUCUUAGAAUAAGAAGAAACUAUGGAAAUAUAAGAUUAUGAUUAGCUCAGUGAAGUUUUUCUUGAUGAAGAUGAUGAAAGUCGUUUCUUAAAGUACAGCUGCUUAGUUCGUAUAGGAUUUCUAGCAUUUGUAUUUUUAAUGGCCAUGUCAAUAGAUAGAAUAUCAAUAUUCAUUAAUUUUAUUGGUUCUAUUUGUGGAACAGCGCUUUGUUAUUUCAUUCCAGUAAUAAUUAUUUAUAAGAAUGAGCCAGAACUUCCUUUCUGGAAAUCACUUGUUAACUGGUUUAUCUUUCUAAUAGCAUUCGCUUGUGGAGUAUUUGGAGCAUACUCAAGUCUUAUCCUAUUUGUUAAAGAUUUUGGCCAAGAUAUUUGA